CAAAUGGCGGAUGACGCCGGUGCUGCGGGAGGGCCCGGAGGCCCAGGAGGGCCCGGAAUGGGAAGCCGCGGCGGCUUCCGCGGAGGUUUCGGCACUGGUCUCCGAGGCCGCGGGCGCGGGCGUGGACGCGGUCGUGGACGGGGCCGCGGGGCUCGAGGAGGAAAGGCCGAAGACAAGGAGUGGAUCCCCGUAACCAAGCUGGGCCGCUUGGUCAAGGACAUGAAGAUCAAGUCCCUGGAGGAGAUCUACCUCUUCUCCUUGCCCAUCAAGGAGUCGGAGAUCAUCGACUUCUUCCUGGGGACAGCCCUCAAAGACGAGGUUCUGAAGAUCAUGCCCGUGCAGAAGCAGACUCGGGCUGGCCAGCGAACCCGGUUCAAGGCCUUCGUUGCCAUCGGGGAUUACAACGGACACGUUGGCCUGGGGGUCAAGUGUUCCAAGGAGGUGGCCACAGCCAUCCGUGGCGCCAUCAUCCUGGCCAAGCUCUCCAUCGUCCCAGUGCGGCGAGGCUACUGGGGGAACAAGAUCGGCAAGCCUCACACUGUCCCCUGCAAGGUGACAGGCCGCUGUGGCUCUGUGCUGGUGCGUCUCAUCCCCGCGCCCAGGGGCACUGGCAUUGUCUCAGCACCUGUGCCCAAGAAGCUCCUGAUGAUGGCGGGGAUUGAUGACUGCUAUACCUCAGCCCGGGGCUGCACUGCCACUCUGGGUAACUUUGCUAAGGCCACAUUUGAUGCCAUCUCCAAGACAUACAGCUAUCUUACUCCAGAUCUCUGGAAGGAGACAGUGUUUGCCAAGUCUCCUUACCAGGAGUUCACAGACCACCUUGUGAAGACCCACACCCGAGUCUCUGUGCAGAGGACCCAGGCUCCAGCUCUGGCCACCACAUAAUUUUCUACAUGGCAAAUAAAGUGACUUAAGCCAGUUGA